CCGGCCCUCCGCCCCACUGCACAGGAUGCAGGGCGGCUGGGUGCUGCUGCUGCUGGGUCUGCGGCUGCCGCUCUCCCUUGGCUUCACCCCAGUUGAGGAGGAAGACCCAGCCUUCUGGAACCGCCAGGCAGCCCAGGCCCUGGAUGUCGCCAAGAAGCUGCAACCCAUCCAGACGGCGGCCAAGAACCUCAUUCUCUUCCUGGGGGAUGGGAUGGGGGUGCCCACAGUGACGGCCACUCGGAUCCUAAAGGGGCAGAUGAAUGGCAAGCCGGGACCUGAGACGCCCCUGGCCAUGGACCGAUUCCCGUACCUGGCUCUGUCCAAGACAUACAACGUGGACAGACAGGUGCCAGACAGCGCAGGCACGGCCACCGCCUACCUCUGCGGGGUCAAGGCCAAUAUGAAGACGAUCGGGGUAAGCGCGGCCGCCCACUAUAACCAGUGCAACACGACCCACGGCAACGAGGUCAUCUCCGUGAUGAACCGGGCCAAGAAAGCAGGGAAGUCGGUGGGAGUGGUGACCACCACGAGGGUGCAGCAUGCCUCGCCGGCUGGUACCUAUGCACACACAGUGAACAGAAAUUGGUACUCCGAUGCCAACUUGCCUGCCGAGGCACAGGCACAGGGCUGCCAGGACAUCGCCACGCAGCUCGUCUACAACAUGGACAUCGAUGUGAUCCUGGGUGGAGGCCGCAAGUACAUGUUUCCUGAGGGGACCCCGGACCCUGAAUACCCAGACGAUGCCAGUCAGAACGGAGUUCGGAAGGACAAGCGGAACCUGGUACAGGAGUGGCAGGACAAGUACCAGGGAGCCCGGUAUGUGUGGAACCGCAGGACGUUCCUUCAGGCGUCCCAGGACCCCAGCGUAACACACCUCAUGGGCCUCUUUGAGCCGGCAGACAUGAAAUUUGAGGCCGAGCGAGACGUCAGCAUGGACCCCUCCUUGGAGGAGAUGACAGAGGUGGCCCUGCAGAUGCUGAGCAGGAACCCCCGUGGCUUCUACCUCUUCGUGGAGGGAGGCCGCAUUGACCACGGACACCACGAGGGCAUAGCCUACAUGGCUCUGACCGAGAGCGUCAUGUUUGACACCGCCAUUGACAAGGCUGGCCAGCUCACUAGCGAAAAGGACACACUGAUCCUGGUCACGGCCGACCACUCUCAUGUCUUCUCUUUUGGUGGCUACACACUGCGUGGAAGCUCCGUUUUUGGGCUGGCCCCCAGCAAGGCCUUGGAUCUCAAGCCAUAUACCUCCAUCCUUUACGGCAACGGCCCGGGCUAUGCUCUGAAUGGAAGCUCAAGACCCAGCCUCACUGGGAGCGAGAUUAGCGACCACAUGUACCGGCAGCAGGCGGCCGUGCCCCUGGAAAGCGAGACCCACGGCGGCGAGGACGUGGCGGUGUUCGCGCGCGGCCCGCAGGCGCACCUGGUGCACGGCGUGCAAGAGCAGAGCUUCGUGGCGCACGUCAUGGCCUUCGCCGCCUGCCUGGAGCCCUACACCGACUGCAACUUGCGGCCGCCAGAAGGUCUUUCCAACGCCGCACACCCCAGGCCGGCCGCCUGCCGGCCUUCGCUGCUGCUGCUGCUGGCGGGGGCACUGCUGCUGCUGCUGAUGCCCGCCCUGCACUGACCCCGCCCAUCCCAGGCCAAGGCGGCUCCUGCUCCCCUGCCCGGAAGCCACCAGCUCAAGCCCCAUCUGGGCUGCCACCUCAAGUGCCCACCCCGCAGUCCCAUCUCAGCUGCCACUCUCAGAAUCCCCAUCCAGGACUCUCAGCCAGACCUCGCCCUCUCAACAAUAAAGGAACCUCAGGAUCCUCGACGGACCUGGCACCCUG